AUGUCAUUCGUUGCGACUGCAGAUGAGGUUCGCGUCUUCGAGGAGUUUUCCGCGAACCCGUCAUUCUCUCAGGAAGCCAUCAUCGUUGACUUUACGACAACCCCCGAGUUUAUCCAAAGCGUCCUCCCUCCCAACUUCGAGCCUGGAGACAGACCUACUGGUCAUGUGCUUAUGUCUACGAUGGAAAGCAAGCUUUGCGGCGAAUUCGACUGCGCCAUCGUUUCCAUUGAUGUCAAGUUCAAGGGAAUCCGAGGCACGUACAUGCUGGAGAUUAUCAUCAGUGGCGACUCCCCAGUGACCUGGGGUCGUGAGGUCUGGGGAGAGUGCAAAAAGACUGGAACUUGUCGCAUGUGGCGUUCCGGCAACUAUCGAUACGCCUAUGCCGAGCGCAACGGCGUGCGUCUCAUUGAGCUCGAAGGAGAAUUUGGAGACGACCUCCCUCCCAGAGAGCGCAAUAGCUGCAACUUUGAGAUCAAGGCUUACCCGCACUCCAUGGGCAAGGGGUUGCAAUGGGAGCCAAUGGUCAACGUUCUUACGGUCAAAGAACAAGACGUCCGCCGAUCCACGGGCGUUGGCCGCCUCGUUAUCCGUGGAACGGAACACGACCCACUUCAUAGCAUCCCGAUUGUUUCCAUCAAGGACUUCGAAUACGUGUCUGGAAGAGCCGACUACACUGUUAUCCAGGAACAUGAGCUUGGAUGCGGCAAAGCAUACCUGCCUUAUCUUAUCGGCCGUCAUUAUGAGGAUCUCCGACAGUUCAAGAUUGGCGGCGAAUGGACCAAGAUGCAGGACGUGCAGAAGGAAGCUGAGGUGUUUCCUAUUCAGCGCCUUACUACCCCAGGGUUUAAGAAGAGUGCUAAUUAG